AUGGGUUUCGAAUCGCCAGCCUUCCUGGCUCUGCCUGACAAGGCGCUCUGGGCCCUGCCCCCCAACCAUCUGCCCGCCUUCAUAACCCCACCACCCGCCGGCUCCAUCCCCUUCGCGCCCCUUUUCGACAUCCCUGAGCACAUCUACCAGGCCGUGCUCGACCCCCGCGUGCCGCUGACCAUUGCCGCCGUCUACGCCGUCUCGGCCAAGCUGCUCAAUGUCUACAACAAGUCGACCAACAAGAAGCCCUGGGCCAUCAGCAAGACGGCCGCCUUCCACUGGUUCGUCAUCGCCCACAAUGUCUUCCUCGCCGUCUACUCGGCCUGGACCUUCUACGGCAUGUUCUACACCCUAAAGCGCAGCCUCGUCAGCCCCCUCGGGCCCCACGGCUUGUCUGGCUUUAUCGACUCGGUCUGCCGCGUCAACGGCCCUGGCGGCCUCGGCAAUGCCGCCUUCUGGGACGACGAGUCCAGCUCCUGGCAGACAUUCUCGGCCGACGCCGUCUUCGACGCCGACGGUGCCCCUAGCAGGCUCUCCAGCGGCCGCAUGUGGAACGAGGGCCUAGCCUUUUACGGCUGGAUCUUCUAUCUCAGCAAGUUCUACGAGGUCAUCGACACCCUCAUCAUCCUCGCCAAGGGCAAGCUAAGCUCCACCCUGCAGACGUACCACCAUGCCGGCGCCAUGAUGUGCAUGUGGGCUGGCAUUCGCUACAUGUCUGCCCCCAUCUGGGUCUUUGUCUUUGUCAACUCGGGCAUCCACGCCAUGAUGUACACUUACUACACCAUCACGGCCUUCCGCAUCCGCGUGCCCAUGUUCAUCAAGCGCAGCUUGACUUCGCUCCAGAUCAUGCAGUUCAUCUUUGGUGCCUCGUACGGAAUGGUGCACCCCUUCGUCUCUUACUCGAUCCCCGUGCUCUUCACGUCAUCCCAGAGCAAUUCCGCAUCGGCCUCUGCCUCGGCAUCCGUUGGCACUAAUGCCUCCGCCGCCGCCAUGAAUGGCGUCAAGACGCCUUAUUCAAGCCACACGAUGCCUUGCAUCACUAGCAACAGCGCCACCUUCGCCGUCUGGCUCAACGUGCUCUACCUUGCGCCUCUGACCUACCUCUUCGGCUCCUUCUUCGUCGAGAGCUAUCUCCGUCGCAGCAAUGCCGAUAUCAAGGCUGGCAAGGGUGCCGCUGCCCGCCGCUUGAGCAACAAUGUCGUCAUCGCCGAGAAGGCCGGCUGGGAGGCCGCCAAGAGCGUCAAUCGCGAGGUGUACGGCGAGAGCAAUGAGGAGGCCAUCGAGACCGAUACCGAUCACAACGCCCAGCCUAUUGCCCGCAGAAGUGCUAACGGCAAGGCCAAGGCCGCCCGGACACUACGGAGCCGACAGUAA